CAGAGAUUUCGGCACGGCACGGCCGACCCCGCGAUUGCCCCACCAACUUUUUCGCUCUGACAGAGCUUCAUCAGUGGCCCAGACUUCAAACUCUUCAUCCCUGAGCAGACACAACAACGGCCACCAUGGAGCAGUCCGAGUCCCUCGAGCAGAUGCAGGCGCGCCACCGAAAGGAGCAACGCGAUCUUCAAGGGCGCGUCACCAACAAGAAGAAAAACGCGACCAAGAAGACGCGCAAGGGCGUCAACGACGAGUGCGCCGAGCUCGAGCGCGAGCUGCGGGAGCGCCAGGAGGCCGAGCUGAGGCAGCUGCUGGGGGGUGACGAUGCUGGUAUUGAAGAUGAAGACGGCAGCGAGAAACGAGAAGAAGAGCAACAAAAUCAAGCCCAACAACAGCCCCAACCACAAACGUUACCACCAUCCGACAACUCACAACAAGUAGUCAACGGCCUGGCCUCGACCUUGCAAACAACCACCCUCUCCUCACCUCCCUCCGCCCAACAACAACAACAACAACAACAAAAACCACAACAAAGUCAACAACAGCCUCCUCCUAAGAAACGCAACCGCCAAAAAGAGCGCCUCGCCCGGCGCGCAGCCGAGCUCGAAGCACUAGCAGCCAGCGCGUCGAGCGAGGCGGCACAGAUGCCCGACCGGCGGGCCGCGGAGCGGGCAUCCCUAGAAAAGAUGUUUGCGGCGCAUUCGUUGCGCGAGCGCGAGAUUGCGCCCGACGGGCACUGUCUCUUUUCGGCCGUGGCCGAUCAGCUUGAGGCGGAGGGGGUUCCCAUUAACAAACCUUUAGCUACAUUAGAUAAGGCAGGGGGGAGGGACGGGGUGGCAGGGUAUAAGCUUGUGCGGGCCGCCGCGGCGGAUUUCAUGGUCCGCCACCGGGAGCUUUACGAGGGGUUUUUGGAUGAGGAGUUUGAGUCGUAUGUCAGCAAGAUCAGGGACACGGCGGAGUGGGGCGGGCAGUUGGAACUGAGUGCCCUGGCGGGCGCGUACGGGGUGGAGAUUAGGGUGGUGCAGGCGAAUGGUGGUGGUGGUGGAGGAGUGGAGGUCGUCAAGCCUGGGUUAGUAGGGGAGGAGGGGCAAGCGGACGGGGAGGGAGAGGGGGUUAAGACGCUGUGGUUGGCUUAUUACAGGCAUGGAUACGGGUUGGGGGAGCAUUAUAAUUCUCUGCGGAAGGAAAAGGCGGGUUGA